UACAUGACAGCUUGUUUUUUCCCACCCUUUGCUAAUGUUAGCAAAGUUGUGUUAGCCCAACGGUUGUGUCAUGGGAGUGUGUGUGUGGACUCAGCUGGCUGGAGCUGGUCUGACAGCUCGGAGUGAGAAGAGUUCAGGAGUCUGUGUUUGGGAACGAAUGGAUGAUUUCACGGACCACGCUGUUUCCUGCAACACAGAACAGUGGCGGUACUGAUUUCUGCCAGCAGAGUGGCUGCAGUCCAGUCGUAGGAAGGAGGACAGAGGAGUAGUUUGGAAACUAAAGAUCACUCGGCUUGACUCAUGCUCACAAAGGCGCGGACCGGCUUGGCUGUGAGUUGCAUUAGGUGUCGUCCUCUUCAUCACACCCCUCACCCUGGUGAGACCAAAGUAGAGGUUUGGAUGCAGCUUGUAUGUUGGCUGCUGUGCCUUGGCUUGGCUGGGGCAAUUGCUGUGCUGCAGAAAGACCAGGUGGCCCAGCAUGCCAUCAAGCUCUAUCGGGGCAAGGGAGGCACGCAUGGCCACAGCUGGGUGGCCAGCAACUGCAAGCGGCUAGCGGGUCUCCUGCAUCAGAAGAAUGUGGUUGUCAAGAAACUGGCAGCUGCUGCGGAUGCUGUUGGAAGAGACCAAGGCCUUUCAGAUCCAGAGAAGCACUUCCAGGUUCACACUCUGGAGGUUUUCCAGAAGGAGCUGAAUGAAAGCGAGCACCUGGUGUUCCAGGCCGUGCACGGCCUGCAGAGGGCGCUGCAGGGAGACUACAGAGAUGUGGUUAACAUGAAGGAGAGCAGCAGACAGAGGCUGGAGGCCCUCAGAGAGGCAGCCAUAAAGGAAGAGCAGGAAUACGUGGAGUUGGUAGCUGCUGAGAAACACCAACAGGAAGCUGUUAAGAGUGCUUUGGCACAGAACAAGACUCUGUCCAUGCUGGAUGAGAUCCUGGAGGAUGUCAGGAAGGCAGCAGAUCGACUAGAGGAGGAGAUUGAGGAGCAUGCAUUUGAUAACAACAAACAGAUGAAAGGGGUGAAUGUGGAGGCAGUGCUGAGGGUGGAGGAAGAUGAGGAGAAUGGAGGGAAGAGGAAGAACAAGUCCAGGCAGAAAGAAGUGGAGGACGACCUGGGACUGAGCAUGCUUAUCGACUCGCAGAACAACCAGUAUGUCCUGACUAAACCACGAGACUCCACGAUGCCAAGAGCCGACCAUCACUUCAUCAAGGACCUAGUGUCAGUGGUGAUGCUGUCUCUGCCCUGUGGCUGGAUUUGUACUCUGGUGGGUCUUCCUCCCAUGUUUGGAUACAUCAUCUGUGGGGUUCUGCUUGGUCCUUCUGGCCUCAACAGCAUCAAGUCUAUGGUUCAGGUGGAGACUCUGGGGGAGUUGGGUGUGUUCUUCACUCUGUUUGUGGUGGGACUGGAGUUCUCACCUGAGCGCCUUCGCAAGGUCUGGAAAACUUCGGUUCAGGGGUCGUGCUACCUGAGUCUGCUGAUGGUCGGAGCCGGUUUGUUGUGGGGACAAGUUCUGCGUAUUCGACCCACCCAGACUGUCUUCAUAUCCACUUGUUUGUCUCUGUCCAGCACUCCUCUAGUGUCCCGCUUCCUAGCAGGAGGAAGCAGAGGGGACAAAGAAGGUGACUUGGACUACAGCAGUGUUCUUCUUGGGAUGUUAGUGAUGCAAGAUGUUCAGCUCGGCCUCUUCAUUGCUGUGAUGCCGACUCUGAUCCAGGCUCAGAGCGGGGAUCUGGACAGCUUUCUGUUUGGAAGUCUCCGCGUCCUGUAUCUCCUGGGCCAGGUCCUGGGGUCUCUGGCUGCUGUGCUGCUGCUGUGUUUGUUACUCAGAUCCUUCCUGAUUGGCCCCUACUACAAGAAGCUGCACGCUGAGAGCAAAGGCAACAAGGAGAUCCUGGUGCUGGGGAUGGCAGCUUUUGUCUUUUUCAUGCUGACGGUAACAGAAUUUCUGGAUGUUUCUAUGGAGUUGGGUUGCUUCCUAGCUGGAGCUGUGCUGUCCUCACAGGGUCACAUGGUCACAGCGGAGGUCAUGGGAUGCAUCGAACCAAUCAGGGACUUCCUUGCCAUCAUCUUCUUUGCAUCUAUCGGUCUCCACGUAUUCCCGACAUUCGUGCUGUAUGAACUCACCAUCCUGCUGGUGUUAACGCUCACUCUCGUCAUUAUGAAGUUCAUGAUGGCCGUACUGGUGCUGUCGGUGAUCCUGCCUCCAGGCUCUCGACACAUACGGUGGAUUGUCUCGGCUGGUCUGGCUCAGGUCAGCGAGUUCUCCUUCGUCCUGGGCAGCCGAGCACGUCGAGCUGGUAUCAUCUCCAGAGAGGUGUACCUGCUGGUCCUCAGUGUCACUACUCUCAGUCUGCUGCUGGCUCCGCUGCUGUGGAGAGUCACCACACACAAAUGGGUUCCUCGCAGCGAACGUAAAAUAGUCACAUGACCAGACCAAAUUGCCAACCCGAAGGUUCCCAUGUAAGUUGUGCACAGCCGCCAGCGGCAUCACAAGAAGUCUUACUGCAUUCCUGCUGGACCAAAUCUCCUCCUUCUUCUUCUUGACUUAAGACUUGGUUGCUGCUUUAGAGGAGAGAAAAUAAUAUUUGCUACAUUUUGACUUCAGAUUCCUGAAAAAUGCCUCCUUCAGACAGUCAUGAAGGUGGUUUGCCGUGUGUUAUCCGUUACAUUUAUCCAUUACAUUUUCUCCAUUUCAAACCAGGACCUGGACUGUUGUUGCUUAUGACCAGCGUUAUACCCCAUACUGUAUUUGAUAUAAUAUACGUAAGUAGUUUUACAUCCUGUCUAAGGAAUUCCAAAUUUACUAAACCCCUUCACUUUUUGAACAAAAUGUUGAAGGCUUGACAGUAUCUGCAGCUUAACUGAUAGGAAGCUCAAAAGCUUGACAGUUUAGAUGAGAAGCACAAAAGACUCAAGGUCCUUCCAGUUCUGAUGCCUUUAAUGCAUCUUAAAAGUGUGCAGGAAUAAAAAAGAGAGAAUUAUCCUCUUCACUAUUUUCAGCCAUGUGAAGUAUAAAUGAUUUAUUUCUUCAAGUUGAACCUGAAGUUUGCCUCCAUGAAGAAGUGGACCAAAUCUGACAGUUCAACUAUGAUGUCACUUCUGGUUUGUAGACUCGGGGCCAUAAUUCACAAAAGGAACACCAUGCUGUAUUGAUGGAGACUUGAAACUAGUUAUUUAGACCAUAAACACAUUAGGAACAUGUAUACAAGUGUGGUCAUUUUCUCAUAGAAUUCUGUAAGAUCUGACUUCUUUUUUGGGACCAGAAGAGUCACCGCCAUUAGAAAGAAGGCCAGUUUGAAGCUCUUCUACAUUGGCUUCACUUUAAGAACACUGAGACAACGUCCAUUUUUUUGCAUACAGUCCGUGUUUCAGCUCCAUAUUUGGUUUAAAUGUUUUUGUUAUUUAAACAGGGAAACCUUUUUGUUUAAUUUGAAAUCACCUCCGUCUUUCAGAUAAUUGACAUUCCUAUUUGUCACUUACCUUGCUCUGAUGUAGGUUAUUGUAUAAGACAGAUUCUGCUUCUAAUUGACAUGACAACCCGCUAUCUACUGUAUUUAAUUGAUGGUACUUGUAGUUUAUUCAGAUCUUCGUCCUACUGUGAAUUUAGGUGUGAAAGCACACUUUAGUAUUGCUGGAAAACUGCAGUAAUUCUGCUUACAAACCUCUCUUUUCUGCACUAUAAAACUAAGAAUGUUGAUAAUGAAAAACAAUAUUAGGGAGCAGAAGUAAUUCAGAUGUUCAUGAAAAUGUAUUCACUGACGCUACAUGUAAAGACAAACCCUGCACUAGUUACCACUGAAUGUCAAAGUUAUGUGCCUGCUCAGCACUCCUCUGCACUAAAAGCCAGGCUUUGAGGAGUGUAAUCUCGCUGUAGGAGAGCACAUCUCAUGCUCUAAACAUCCUCGUCUUUGGAUUCAUAAUGUGCAAUGUAAAUAUGUGUAGCAAAGUCACAUUUUCCUGUAUAAUUUAACAUUGUUCUCAAUUAUUUUCCUACAGUGUGUUAACAGAGAGGCUUUUUCAGUUUACAUAUGUGUAUGUCGGUGGCCAUAACUUAUGCUCCAAGGCACAAAGAAGAGCUGUUUCAUCCAAAUGUUCAUGUAUUUUUACAUUGUCAAAUUAAGUCAUUUAUUUAUUAAAAAUAAGAUGACAAAGAAA